UAAUGAGGCGUGUCGUCCAACCAGUCAAGAUGCAGAACAUGCUCAUUGCUCAGCACGCUUUCAGGAAGUCGACUCGCCCGCUCAGGGAGGCAGACCACUCGGCUGCAGUUCCCAAGUUGUGGAUGACCGACCGUGAGGGACGAUGCCUCGUGUAGCGGUCGUACCAGAUGUCCACAGUCACGUCUUGGCAGAAUUCGACUGCCUUGACCCUCUCCUCUCCACUCUGCGCCUAGACUCCGGCAGGCUCAAGUGCACAUGUUUGGCUGUGUCGAGAAAGUGGCUGGCGUUAGGAACGUCGGCUGGAGGCUUGCACCUGAUUCAGAGGGAGGGCUGGAAACAAAGGCUUAUCCUGACUCACAAGGAAGGAUCCAUUACUCAAGUGUCAUGCUGUCCACACGAUGAAGAGUUUAUUGCUGUCGCAACAAGUCAAGGUCUGGUGGUGGUGUGGGAGCUGCAGCUGGAGCGCCGCGGACGUCCAGAGAGAGUGAGCGUGUCAUGGGAGCAUCGAGGCCAGAACAUCACUGCGCUCUGUUGGGACACCAACACGUUCAAAGUUUAUGUUGGAGACUCGGCAGGCAAGGUGUCUUUUCUCCGGGCAGGAUCCUCGAAACUGGGAAAGGGUUCAGGAUUUGUUAUGUUUCCUGUUCAGACGGUUACUACCGUCGACUCCAAAGUGGUUCAGCUUGGCUACCAGGACGGUCGGCUCCUGGUGUCUUCUCUAACCCGCUGUUAUCUCUGUGAUACGGAGAAGGAGAAGUUUUGGCGUGUGGGAAACAAGGAGCGUGACGGAGAGUACGGGGCUUGUUUUUUCCCUCAGAACAAAGGAUUGUUGGGGGGCCAGCCCCCGCUACUCUACUGCGCUCGGCCGGGCUCUCGCAUAUGGGAAGCCAGUUUUAACGGCGAGGUUUUAAGCACACAGCAGUUCAAACAGGUGCUCAACUGCCCUCCGCUACCUCUUAUCACUUACAGAAAUGAGCCACAAUACAAUCCGGCCCAGAAGAGCCCUCAAUCAAUUGCCUUCCCCAAACUAUUAUAUUUUGGAGACCAAAAUUUGCUUACCUGGACUGAUUCAGCCAUUUAUAUCUUUACACCUCACAAUGGGCAAGUUCUUCUCUGGACUGAGCUCAAAGACGUGCUCGAUAUUGCAGUCCACCGCAACGAGCUCUUCUGCCUCCACGGCGGCGGCCAUCUGUCGCACCUCUCCUUGUUGUCAGCAGAACGUUGUGUUGAACGUCUCCUGCGACGGGAGUCCUGGCCUCUGGCGGCUUCGGUCUGCUGCAUGUUCCAGCACACCGUCUGCAUCAGUCGGGCGAGGAAAUCAAUUCCCAUGGACCGUCUGGAACACCUUCGAUCCCAGCUCAGUUCUAGCACUCACCCAGAGUUGAUUGGACAACUGGAUGAGGUGAUCGCCAAGCUGGAGCCACUUGACUCGGCCUGCAGCAGCCGCAGAAGCAGCAUUUCAUCACACGAGAGCUUCAACGUCCUGGACUGCGGGAUCUACCGAGUGAUCAGUCGGCGAGGGAGCCAGUCCGACGAAGAGACGAGUUCCCUCAUUCAUCAGUCCGCGUCGGAGGAGGAGCGGCUCAAAGAGUUCAGCUUUGUGCAAGAAGAUGAUCAAGUGGACCACGAUCCACAGAGCAGCGAGCGUGCGGAAGCCGACCGAUCCGAGCAAGGCCUGCAGUUUCACUUGCCCCUCUCAUUCCGCACCAAACCCCCUCGCAUUGCGCUGCAAGCCGUCAAAGACAGUGUUUCUAGUUUUGUCAAAAAGACAACCGAGAAGAUCAAUACGCUCCAGAUGAACUCUGAGCUGUGGCAGCGAUCUGACUUUCGAGAGAGUGCUCACGCCGAGAUGCCUGCCACCUCUGCUGCGUUCAUGGAGGAAGCAGAUAUUGAGAUUGAAUCGGACAUGCCCAAAACAGAAUCUGAACUACUCGAGCUUCAGUCUGCCACUGAACGGGCCCUUUUCCAGAUCCAAGAUCCUUUAGUUCUGCUGGAUCCAUAUUUCCUGCAAGAAACUCUUCAAGAAUGGUUGAAGGUGCUGGAGCGAGUCCUCAGGCCGGCUCAGCCCGAAUCAGACGAUGAAGCUGUACACGCAUUGGAGCCGCUUUUAAAUACAUCCUCACAAAAAGCAGAAGAGUCAACAGAGAGCUCGCUGCAGGAGGUGGAUCACGACCGUCAACUAGCCUCAGAAAACGGGACAGUGUUGUCCGAAGAAGCCGUGCGAUUGACGUCUCCCCAAGCGCUUCCCUCCGAUCUCCUGGCGAAUCUCACCCAACUGGCCACGCUUUACACCGAAAUGAGCUGCUUCAGCAAAGAGGCGGAUGCUCACGAGUUGAGCUGCGUCACCUUCCUACGGCGCUAUUUCUUCUUGCUGGAUCAAGAUCGCAUUAGACGCAUGUGUCUGCGAUGCGGCCAGGAGCGGCAGGACGUGCAGAGCUCCUUCGUCAAGGCCAUGCUAGGUGUGACAAAGUCCAGUAAAGUGGUGGAAAUCAUUCAUAAAGGAGAUUUACAGAGAUCACUACGCUAUCUGCGAGAACUGCAGCCGUGGAGUCCUCCCGUUCUCCUCGCUCACUUCUACAGGUUGUACGAGAAGCACGGAGAGUCGGCGGUCCGUUCUUUUCCUCCAUUCUAUCCCACCAUCACUCCAGCAGAUGUGAUGCGGAUGGCCCAGCAAAGCCACUUCUUGGCUUACCUGGAUAACUUGGUUCUAUCCCAACCUGAAGAACACAGGUUGUCAUUCCUGCAGUCACUUCUUGAGCCCGAAUCUCUGCGGCAGGAAUGGCUUGAGCUGGCGCUUACCCACGAUGCACCUCAGCGCUCCGAUACAAUGACAGCCGAGGGACGGCCCAGGUGGAAUUCUCAUCGUCUCAGUUGGGGUUACGGGCGCCUCCUGUCUUUGUUGAUCCAAAUUCCCGCAGACUUGUCAUCCAAGCAGAAGAUGGCAGAAACCUGCCGCAGUCACGGGUACUGGACUGGUUAUCUCCACCUGUGUUGUCAGCUACAGCGCCGCGACGAAGCUUUCUCAACAAUCUGUCAACUGGAUGAUAUCAGCCUGCUGGAGGAACCAGAGGGUGUGGAGCCACAAAAUUUCUCCGAAUGGAAGCUCCUGAUCCAGUUAGCUCAGGACCACAGCUGUAUGUCGGACGUGAACGGGGACGCGUUGUCCAACGGCUCGGCAGAUUGCAGCAGAAAUGUCAACGCCGAGGCCUUGACCCUGCGCUUGGCCCGCACGGCCGGGCCGGAGCGAGCCCUGGCCGUCUUGGAGGAGUGUGGAGUGAAGCUGAGUCUUUCUCCUCACUCACAAGUGGUCUGUGAACUGCUGAAGGUGGCUGAUAAGAGGCAGCGGGCGACCAUUCAGACCAUGCUGGAGCGCUGCGAUCGCUUCCUGUGGUCCCAACACGCCUGAUGUUUGAGAAGAUACCAACAAUGCCAGAUUCUUCCAUGAGGUUUUACCUCUGACUGAUAGGAAUUAAUUUAUUUGCUUUAUUACUAAUGAAGGUAUUCACCCUUAAAAUGUGUUAUUUGCUCUUAUUUUGCACUAAAACUGUUUGGAAUUGAAUGUACUGUUGGUGCAAUACUGAUUUUUCAAGACUGUUUGUUUUGCAUGUACCAAAGACCAUAAAUCAGUCGUUGACUUUGAAACAAAUGUUCUAACCAGGUAUUAUUAUUUAAAUAAAAAAAUGUCCCAUCGC